AUGGAAGAGAACGAUAAAGAAUUCAGGCAGUCGUUUUGCUUACCGAUGUUUUUCCACACAUAUAAAGAAGGCAAAUCAAUCUACUCUGUAAACAUCCCGAAAAUCAUGUUUUUAUUUGCAUUAAUCAUGCUUGUUGCUCUUUAUGUAAGCUUACUUUUGGGAUGUUUAAGCAAUUUUUACUGCAAAUCGUUCCUCCCAUCGCCAAGCUAUUUAGGAUGCUUUAGAGGGCAUGAUAGGGUCAUGAUUGCAGCUUAUACUUAUUAUGCCCUAGUCCUACCCCUAAUGUACAUUGGUGCUUAUUGCCAUUAUUUACCAAUUUUAUCAAACACAAAGAGAGCUCUUUUAAAAUACACUGGGAUUGCUUCAUGCCUAUUUUUACCAUUAAUUGCCUACACAAAUGAUAUCAAUGGGACUCACGUGCUUCCUUUUGAGCCAAUUCACAACUUUGCUUGCAUUGUCUUUUUAUUUGCAAAUAUUCUAUGGAGCUGCAUGGUAUUUUUGAAUAUUAAAAAUACUGAAACUGUGCUGAAUUCGAAAGAAAAGAGCUGGUAUUUUUUUCUUAAUGCUAUUUUGUGGAGCUGGGUUGCGAUAGGGGUUUUGGCCUUACUGGAGUGGGAAUUUGCUUAUUCUUUAUAUGCGAAUUCAUUGUUUAAUGAAUACGUAAAGUCACUGUGUGAGUGGGUUUUGGUCACUUUGGCGAUUGUGAUGCCUCCUGUAUUUUGCCAAUUUUUUAGAGGCUUGGUGCUUACUUUUACAAUUGAUUUUGAUUUGAAAGAAACUGGAAAAGAUGAAAGUGUGGAAAUGGCGGAUUUAAAAAAUUAA